AUGGUGACUUCAGAAAAGGAGUUGAGCUCCGGCACCGCCAUCGAGCCUGUCAACAAUGGCUCAUCCUUGCAUGGCCCUCGAUCGGACAACCCUUUCCAGAAUACCUCCAUAGCCUAUGAAGACCAGGCAGUCGUUGACAAUCAAGGCCGACUGAGACGACUGUUCAGCUUCGUCCAACUACUUGCCUUUGCCCUAACAUUUAUGUCGAGUUGGGAGGUUGUUGCCAUGAACAUGGGAGCGACCUUCUACAAUGGCGGAUCGCGUGCAUUGGUCUGGGGCUGCUUCUUGGUCGUCAUCGGGUCGCUGUCCCAAGCUCUGUCAAUGGCUGAACUGGGCUCUAUCCUGCCGAUUGCGGGCGCUCAGUAUCACUGGACCGACAUGCUGGCUCCUGAGAGCUCCCGUCGCGUCAUCACCUGGUUCCAGGGCUGGGUAACAUGGUUCGCAUGGGUAUCUGCUCUUGGGGGCAGCUCUUCUGGCCUUGCUUUCAUCCUCCAAGGGCUCAUCGCUGAGAAUAUGCCUGGCUAUGCCGAAUCUCAGCAGAGUUGGCACUUGACGCCCAUCAUGAUCGUGAUCCUUCUCACCGUGGGACUCAUCAACUCUUUCGCCUUCCGCAUCGUUCCAUGGCUGGAGCUGGCAUCCGGUGUAUUCCAUGUCAUUCUGUUCUUCAUCUUCGUGGGCGUUUUUGCAGGCCUGGGGAGCGGGAAUAGUGCCGAGUUUGUUUUCACAGACAGCACCAGUUAUUCUGGCUGGGGCAAGUUUGUAGCCUUCAAUGUCGGCAUGCUUGUGCCAGCCUGGGGGUUCAUCGGCUUUGACGGAGUCAACCAUAUGUCUGAAGAGGUCCGAAAAGCACAUCACGCUGUUCCACGAGCCAUGGUCUAUACCAUCUUGAUCAAUGGGUCUCUUGCGUUCAUCAUGGCUCUUGUCAUUAUGUUCCAGAUGGGCAACAUAACUCCAUAUCUCGAGUCUGGCUAUCCGAUCAUUCCGAUUUUCAUGACGAUUGCUGGGACUCGGGCUGCCAAUGCUCUGGUGUCGGGACUCAUUAUUAUUACCUACUGCGUCGUUGCUGCCUCUUUGGCCUCGGUCGGUCGAAUCACUUGGGCGUGGGCGCGCGAUGGAGCUUUGCCAAAGUACUUUGCACGAGUCGAUCCAACCCAUAAGGUUCCGGUCCGCGCUUUGUGGCUGCCCAUCGUUAUUGUCUCGCUGCUGUCACUGCUCAACAUUGGCUCGACCGCCGCCACCGCCUUCUCAGCCUUCACUUCACUGUCCUCGCUUGGGCUGUACAGUUCCUAUAUCAUUGCAAUCAGCGUGCUCCUCAAUGCACGUGUCACUGGAUUGCUCGGCGAGACCGCAGAAGCACGCGUCCAGUAUGGCGAGUGGCGGCUGCCUCGGAAAUUAGCGGUUCCAAUCAACGUCUAUGCUCUGAUCUGGACCCUGUAUAUCACCAUCUACCUCCCAUUCCCAACAACGUACGACGUAAGCGGGACCAACAUGAACUAUUCGCUGCCAAUCUAUGUUUUCGUUCUCCUCUGCGCCACUCUAGGGUGGUUCUUAUGGGGUCGCGCGAAAUGGCCUGGCCUCAAUGCGAGCGCCAUUGCCCUUGUGCGCAAAGAAAGCUAG